GGUCCUAGUUCUGUAGGCAUGGACUUCUCUUUACAUGGAUUUGACCAUGUUUAUGGAAUACCACAACACACAGAAGCACUUCUUCUCAAAAACACCAGUGAUGGUGAUGCUUACCGGCUUUAUAAUUUGGAUAUCUUCGGUCACAAGAUACAUGACAAAAUAGGCAUUUAUGGGUCAGUGCCCCUCCUCUUAGCACACAAGCCUAACAGAACUUCAGGGAUCUUCUGGCUGAACUCUUCAGAAACGCUGGUGGAUAUUAGUACAAAGGCAGUAGCUGAGCACGUGGCAUCUGGAUCUGCUGCAGAGACUGCUAAGCAGAGAGCAGUGCCUCUAACUGAUGUGCGGUGGAUGUCAGAAAGUGGGAUCAUUGAUGUUUUUUUGCUGAUGGGACCCACUGCAUUUGAUGUCUUCAAGCAGUUUGCACAACUGACAGGCACUCAAGCCAUGCCCCCGCUUUUUUCUCUGGGCUACCAUCAGUGCCGGUGGAAUUACGAGGAUGAGCAAGAUGUCAAGGCAGUAGAUGCUGGCUUUGAUGAACAUGACAUUCCUUAUGAUGUGAUAUGGCUGGACAUAGAGCACACAGAUGACAAGAGGUAUUUUACUUGGGACAAAAAGAAAUUCCAGAACCCCAGAAAGAUGCAAGAACAUCUCAGGAAGAAAAAACGGAAGCUUGUCGUCAUUGUAGAUCCCCACAUUAAGGCUGACCCCACGUAUACCCUGUAUUCACAGGCAAAGGACAAGGGAUAUUUUGUGAAAGACAGAAAUGGGCAAGAUUUUGAGGGCAUCUGUUGGCCAGGUUCCUCUUGUUACUUGGAUUUUACCAAUCCUGAAGUGCGAAAAUGGUACGCAGAUCAAUUUGCCUUCAAAACAUACAAGGGAUCCACUAACAUCCUCUUUGUAUGGAAUGACAUGAAUGAGCCUUCAGUCUUCAAAGGGGCAGAACUAACAAUGCAGAAAGAUGCUGUGCACUACAACAACUGGGAGCAUCGGGAAGUACACAACCUCUAUGGAUUCUACCAGCAAAUGGCAACUGCAGAAGGACUCAUCAGACGUUCUUCAGGAAAAGAGAGACCGUUUGUCCUCACACGAUCUUUCUUCGCUGGAUCACAGAGGUAUGGGGCAGUGUGGACUGGAGACAACACGGCAGAGUGGGGUUACUUGAGAAUAUCCAUUCCAAUGCUUCUCACCAUCAGCAUGGCAGGGAUUUCAUUCUGUGGAGCUGAUGUGGGAGGGUUUAUUGGAGAUCCAGAACCAGAAUUACUUGUUCGCUGGUAUCAGGCUGGAGCCUACCAGCCCUUCUUCAGAGGUCAUUCUAACAUGGAGAGCAAACGGCGAGAACCGUGGCUCUUUGGGGAGAAGAACACCCAGAUCAUCAGGGAAGCCAUUAGAGAGCGCUACGUCCUCCUGCCAUACUUAUACACUCUGUUCUAUCGGGCACACACAGCGGCUGAACCGGUUAUGAGGCCUCUCUGGGUAGAGUUUCCAGGGAAAAUAGAAACUUUUGGUGUGGAAAAUGAGUACAUGCUGGGAAAUGCUUUGUUGGUACAUCCAGUCACAGAACAAGAGGCCAAGGCAGUGAGUGUUCUGCUUCCAGGGUCAGAGGAGAUUUGGUAUGAUUUCAGAAAAUUUAAACGAAUGGAAGAUCCAGGCACUCUGAAGAUCCCAGUAACAUUGGAGAAUAUUCCUGUAUUCCAGCGGGGUGGCACUGUCAUACCUCUGAAGACCAGAGCUAGAAAAUCCACUGAAUGGAUGAUAGAUAUUUCUUACGAACUCCGCGUGGCCCUGGACACAGAGGCCUGUGCAACAGGUGAGCUCUACCUAGAUGAUGGACAUUCAUUUCAAUAUCUCCACAAGAAGCAAUUCCUGUAUCGGAAAUUCACUUUCCGCAAGAACAUUCUGUCUUCCAGCUGCACCGAUGAAAGCGGACAAUACCACACAACGUGUGUGGUUGAACGGGUGAUAGUUCUGGGAUUUGGACAGCAACCCAAUCUUGUGACAGCCUGUCCCAAGGAUGGGAAAGAAAAAGAAGUGGUUUUCAAAUAUGAUACGAAGACCUCUGCACUGACACUGGAAAAUUUAGCCCUGAAUGUUGACACUGACUGGAAGAUUUGCAUCAACUAA